AACGCCAAAUAUGCUUCCAAGACCCAUGAAGUCUUCGAGAAAAUCUUCGAAGGCUACAAUAGACAUAUCCGACCCGUACGUAAUCUAUCCACAACCACUGUAGUCUUUAUGGACAAUGGGCUGCGAUCAAUUCUUCAUACCUUCCAGGAUGAAUUAAACCAAGUUCUUAUGGUAAAGGAAUGGUUGAGAAUGUUUUGGAGGGAUGAAUUCCUAGUAUGGAAUCCGAUGGAAUACGACAACAUUACUGAGAUUAAGGUUCCGAGAAGUUUAAUUUGGCUUCCUGACGUGAUAAGAAUUGAUGUCCUGGAUCAAUCUCAACUUAUGGACGACGACCGUAGUUUUGUACUUGUGGAUCAUACAGGGUUCAUAAGACAUUCCGUGGAUCAUGUUGUCAAAGUAUAUUGCAAUUACAGAAUCACAAUGUUUCCGUUUGAUCACCAAAACUGCACAAUUCAUUACGAACCAUGGCAUUCUACCCUAAAGGAAGUUUUUAUCGAAGUGCAUCCCGAACCUGAUGUCAAUAAUUAUCGUCCUAGUAACGGUAACUCAUACCCAUCCUAA